UUAGUUUGCUAAACUACAUAAUUGAAAGGACAUGUGGACACUGCUAACAGCUAUAGUUUAUUGGGCACCUGUCCUAGUUGUGGGAUCAGCUGUGGACUUCAUCUUCAGAGCAGCAGCAGAGCACUCACUCUCUAUGAUAAUAAUACGCACUGAUUACUGUCCAAACACCUGGACAAGAGAAAUCUUUAAGAAUCAAACCAUUCCAGUGGUUGUCCUUUCAGAUAGCGAGGCUUUUAUAAACAUUCGACAGUUUUCUCGACCGCUACACGUAGCCUGCCUACCUGGAUAUGAACUGCAAAAGGACCUUGAGUUACUUGGAAACUUUACUAAUUCCUUAAGGGAUUUUCCGAGUCAGAAGAAGAUAGUCUAUAUAUCGAACAGAUUCUCUAAUCGAACUAGAAUGGACUAUAUAUUAGCAAUUGGCCACCAUCGCCGAAUUUGGAACAUAGUUGGACUUUUAGCUGCAGAUGAACAUCGCUACUUUUAUAGAUAUCACUUGUACCCUAGCUUCCGAACGGAGUAUUGCUCUCUUGAAUCUUCGCCGAUAUUUGACUCGGAUUUCCCCAACAUGCAAGGCCACCCUCUGAUUGUCAUGCCCGAUCAAUGGCUUCCUCGCUCUGUUCUUUACGUGGACCGACGAACGGGUAAGCAAAUCCUAGCCGGAUCUGUGGGCCGCUUUUUUCAUGUGCUGUCGUGGAAGCUGAACGCCACGCUGCAGCUGUCCAAGAAGGUGACCACCGGACGCUUCCUGAAUGCGACUGCCCUCAAGGAGCUGAGCGAGAGCUUUUCAGUUGAUGUUCCUGCCAGUCUGACGUUAAUGGAGCGAGUCGAGCAGUUGGCCAGCACAAGUUAUCCUAUGGAGGUGACCCACAUCUGCCUCAUGGUCCCGGUGGCCAGAAGCAUUCCAAUUAAGGAUAUUUUCUUUAUCCUCAGCAGUGUCUCCAAUAUGCUCCUGGCUCUUGUUGUUGUUUUCAGUUACGGAUUGGCUUUGAACCUAUUCCGGAUGUUGUCUCAUCACGAUGUGCGUCUGGUGGACUUGCUGCUAAAUGAUAAAGCUUUACGCGGGAUCUUGGGCCAAUCCUUCAAUUUGCCCUUGUCGUGGAGCUGUUCCACCAGGUUCAUAUUUCUGAUGCUGGGAAUAGUGGGCCUUAAUGUGAGCAGCCUUUUUGGAGCGGCCCUGGACACAUUAAUGGCACAUCCACCGCGGCAAUUUCAAGCACGCAGUUUUGCUGAUCUUCGACGCACGAAAAUUCCGCUGGUUACGACCGAAGAAGACUUUCCCACAUGGAUGAUUCUGCAUGUGCCCAUGCUGGUAGUCAAUGUGAGUGAGUACAAUCACCUGAGAAAUGGAAGGAACUCGAGCAAUUCCUACCUUGCCUCUCGAUUGUACUGGAAUUUGUUUAGUGAGCAGCAGAAGCGCUUCACCCGAGAGCUGUUUAUCUACUCCACGGAUGACUGCUUGUGGUCCUUGGCGCUGCUCUCCUUCCAAUGGCCGCAAAGUUCCUUAUUCACAGAGCCCGUCAGCCAACUGAUUCUGGAGGUAAAUGCCAAUGGACUGUACGAUUUCUGGGUGGGAAUGCACUACUACGACAUGACAGCAGCUGGGUUGUCCAAUUUGGAGGAUCCCAGCAUGCAGUGGAAGGAAAGAGUGCACCCUAGCUCGCUACGGAUUGUGGAUCUCCAGUGGAUGUGGCAGGCGUACGGAACGUUAAUGGUAAUUUCAAUGCUGGUAUUCUGUCUCGAAGUUUCUUGGCACAGAAUCACAUCUUUAUUUGUGUCACUAGUUCGUUGA